AUGGUGCAGCGUCUGACCUACCGCAAGCGGCACAGCUAUGCCACAAAGUCCAACCAGACGCGGGUCGUCAAGACCCCUGGUGGCAAGCUCGUGUACCAGUACACCAAGAAGAGAGCUAGCGGGCCCAAGUGCCCCGUGACCGGGAAGAAGAUCCAGGGGAUUCCCCAUCUGAGGCCUGCUGAGUACAAAAGGUCCAGGUUGUCUAGGAACCGCAGAACGGUGAACCGUCCCUAUGGUGGAGUGCUCUCGGGAACUGCAGUUAGAGAAAGGAUCAUCCGUGCUUUCCUGGUUGAAGAGCAGAAGAUUGUCAAGAAGGUGUUGAAAUUACAGAAGACCAAAGACAAGACUUCCUCAAAGUAA